UGAUAGCCGGAAGCACCGAUGGGAGGAAAAUAAAAAUCGAUUAAAUCCACUGUAAUUCGCGAGUGUAAACCACUCACUUACUGUCCUUUUCGCGACCGUGGGCUCGAAUUUCUCAGCCUUUUCCACUGCCACUGUGCCGGAGGGGACGGCCGAGAGCAGGGAAGCUGCCCCAUUUGAACGAAGUUGCUCGGUAGGGGUUUAGCUGACGUGUGGAGAAGUUGAGACUGCCAGAGAGCAGAUAAACAAACAUAAACAAGCAGGGAACAGCUGAGCGCCUGGCCGAACCGAACCAGCAGCACGGAGAGAUGUCAGGGAGGGCGAGUUUCCUCUUGCCAGCCCAAGAAUGAUCCACAGGAGACCGUGACUUACACUGAUACUAGCUCCAUGUCAACUGUCAACACUGGCACACAAAGAAUUUCGGAAACACAACACGAGGACCAGCCAUAGGCUUUAGCAGAGAAUCCACUGCUCCUGUCACUGUCUCUUUGUCAAGACAUAGCCAGGCUAGCAUGGACAGCCAAUGAGUUUACCUGCCAGUUGUCAGCUGUAACGACACGAACACACAGUACAGUGCAAGGAGACAGAGAAGUGGGAUCAACAUGGCCCACCAGGCGACCCCUAGUUCCCAGAAGGCCCUGAUGAUGGAGCUGAAGUCUCUGCAGGAGCAGCCGGUGGAGGGCUUCCGCAUCACUCUGGUGGAGGAGUCUGACCUCUACAACUGGGAAGUGGCCAUCUUCGGGCCCCCAAACACCCUGUAUGAGGGAGGCUACUUUAAGGCUCACAUCAAGUUCCCAGUGGACUAUCCGUACUCUCCACCGACCUUCCGCUUCCUCACCAAGAUGUGGCACCCCAACAUCUACGAGAACGGAGAUGUGUGCAUCUCCAUCCUGCACCCUCCUGUCGAUGACCCUCAGAGUGGGGAGCUGCCCUCUGAAAGGUGGAACCCCACCCAAAACGUCAGGACUAUCCUGCUCAGUGUGAUCUCUCUGCUCAAUGAGCCCAACACCUUCUCCCCGGCUAAUGUGGAUGCGUCUGUCAUGUUUCGCAAGUGGAGGGACAGCAAAGGCAAGGACAAGGAGUAUGCAGAGAUUAUCAGGAAGCAGGUAAUGUCAACAGCAGCGGAGGCUGAGCGUGAUGGCGUCAAGGUGCCGACCACGUUGGCAGAGUACUGCGUCCAGACCAGGGUUCCCUCCCAGGACAGCAGUUCAGACCUUCUCUAUGACGACCUCUAUGAUGACGACAUGGAGGAGGAGGAUGAGGAGGAAGACGAGAGUGAGAUGGAGUCCGUAGGAGAAGCCGGGGGAUUCAGCACCGCAGAGGACGGUGGGACGUCCACCAGACGUUACGACAACCAGGACGACUCUGGCAAUGAAGACUCAUGAUGAUCUGGAUGAUGACUCCUCCCUGCCAACCCCCCUGGCCCCCCAAUACCCUCCUUAUUUUACGUGUUCCGUUACGAUUUUCAGUGUGUGGGUGUGCGUGUGUGUGUGUGUGUGUGUGUGUGUGUGUGUGUGUUUGCAAAUACAGUGGGGUCAAAAGUCAACUGCCAAAAACGUUUCAUCAUUUAUUAAACUGAUACAAAUAAUUGGUCAAAUAAUAGUUCAAUGUUAUUAACAUACUUUUUCCGAGAAAGGUUUGUUGAUUGUUUUCACUGAAAGUCAGAUUUGGUGUUUCCACCGUUUGCCUUAAUUACAGCUUGCACUCUGUCUGGCAUCAGAUGUUUUGCAGAGAACUGAAAUUAUUCCAGCACUUUUUGAGAGCACCGCCAAGUGUGUUUGUUGUUACGUUUUUUCUUGGCUUUUUUUUUUGUUUGUUUGUAAAUGUUGCAGUCGAGGAUGCAGAAAUGAUGGCAUGCCUCUGCAGAAUAGCGUGGAUUUACUCUUUGGUCAGUGUGUGAUUGACCAUGUGCAAGUUACUGACUCCAGAUGAGGCAAAACAUCCCCACACCUGCACAUUUGCAUCAUCUUGUUUAACUCUAGUUACUGUUUUUAACUGUAGUUCAUAUGCCCUGUUGUAUUACUCUUUCAUGCAACCAACUCACACACAUCUCUGUAAGUUGUUUGGUUGCAACCAUGUUUCAAACUAAAGUUUCUGCAAGUCUUAAACAGUGAAAUGAUAGUAUGCUUAAAUCUAAGCUAAACCAUUAGACAACUUCUGCUGUGAAAGAAGUGGCUUAGUGACUGUGAUAGUUUGUUAGUCCUGUAAAGGGACAGUUGACCCCCAAAUCAAAUAUACUUAUUUUUCCUCUUAACUUUAGUGCUGUUUAUCAGUCUAGAUUGUUUUGGUGUGAGUUGCUAAGUGCUGGAGAUCGCAGCCGUAGAU